AUGGCCCCACAGGAGGCCCGCAGGCGCGGGGCGGCGCCCGUCGCCGAGGAGCCCCGGCGCGCCGCGGAGGUCGCAGCGGUGCCGCCCGCGCCGCUGGUCGGGCCUUCUCCGCCGCGGGAGGCACCGGCGGCGUUGCCCACGCAGUUGGCGCCCAUGGACGUGCUGUUGCCGUCGCGCCAGGCCCCGGCGGCCUCCGAGAGCGACCGGCGCGAGGCGCGCGAGGCCGAGGAGCUGCGCCGCGAGCGCGCGGAGGCGGAGGCCAGGCGGCGGGAGGCGGAGCGGGCCGCGCCGCCGGACAAGAAGGAGUCGGGCGCCGUGGUCCAGGCGCUCAUGCUGCUCCGGCGCCGCUACAAGGACUCUGAUCCGGCGGGCUUGUUGGCGUGCCUGCAGACGCUGAAGGCGUACAUCAGCAACCUGGCGAAGAGCCCACUGGAUCCCAAGUUCCAGCGGAUCAACUGCGACAACAAGGGCUUCCAGUCCCGGGUCGCGCCCUUCGACGGCGCCAGGGCAGUGCUGGAGGCGUGCGGCUUCCAGCCCGAGGGCGGCGCGCUGGUCGUGAGCGAGACGUUCACCAAGUCGAAGGGCCCGAAGCUGUGGGACGCCCUGGCGAAGAUCGACGUCCUGAUCGACCAGCUGAGCCGGGCCACCUGAGAGCUGCAGGCUGCUUGGUCUCGCCUUGCCUCUCGCGCCGACGGCGCGCGCCCGCCUGCCAGGACCUCGAGCGCGCGGGCUCCCCAGGGCGCCCGCUCGGGCGACGAGACGGGACACGCAGAGAGUUCGUCGCCCGGCCCGCGCGGAGCCACACGCGCGCUGGCGCAGGUCGAGCAUCUCGGGCCGCGUCCGCGUGGAGAAGCGCUUCUUGCUGUCUGCGCUGCGCUUCGCUCUGCAGUGCCGUCGGAACGAGGGUUGACCUUGGAGGAGCACCCCCGUUGUUCGUCCUCCCCUGCUGCGGCCCUCCCCCUUAGACCAUCCUUCGUCGG